GGUCUUUUGCAAGGCAGGGAGGAGCUCAAAGUGAAACCGACUCUGGGACGGCGUAGUUUGCAGGUUGGCGAGAAAAUGCGCACUUAUCUUUGGUUAGCGGUGCUCCUGGCGGUGGCCACCACCACCUGUGUCAAGGCCAAGCCGCUGGUCUCCUUCGGUGUCAGCUAUCAGCAGCCCUACGUGGCGCCCCAGCCGGGACCCUACUACUACGGAGGACCCUACCAGGGGGCAGGCUACUACCCGGGACCCUAUGGCUACCCCUAUCCGUAUGCCAAUCGCUACGGGGCCCUGGAUGUCGGAAUAGGCGCCCUAUCGCUGUCCUCGUUCCUCCUCUGAUACCGCGUAAAAGCCAAAAGCCAGAGUAAAUAGUACCGAGAAUCACACAAAA